AGAUUAAAAAGUUAUAUAAAGAAAGUGCUUCGUAUUGAAUAGUGUUGAAAAUUACUCAUGAAGUUGGAAAAGAGCAACUUUAAUGUUGCUGUUAAGAAGCUCUGAUGCAGAAAUGCGACAUUUCAGAGAUCGUAACUUCCACACUUCGAGUCAUAGUGAUGACGCCUCCUUGUGGAACCUUAUACAGCGCGUGUGUCGCAGGGAAGAUGACAAGGAACGAAGAAUCCUCGCUGCUUCUCAUCUAUUAGAAUUCAUUUCCAAAACAGAAAACAAAAAUUUAAUAUCAAGAAGUUUGGAUCAAAUUCUCAACGCACUAAUCGAUGUAUUCUUCGAAAGAAGUGGAGUUGAUCUUCAAAAAGAUGUUGCGAAUAUCAUUGGGAGGAUUGGGCAGUUUGUUUCUGCUGAUCCGUAUCCAUUCUUCCAAUGGAUGUUACGACAAUUUCAGUCGAUCGCCAAUGAUAAUGUGAGGAACUAUUUGCUUGAAAGUCUCAAUAAGUUGCUGGAACUUGACAUGGAGGAAAGGAAAUAUGGAAAAGUUAUUGGUUUAUUAAUGGAUCAACUGCAGCAAGUUUUGGAAAACUUAGAUUCACCAACUCAUCUUCCACUGUGUAUUAACCCACUUGUUAUUAUUGCUGUCAACUAUCCACAGGCGUUUGCCAAACAUUUCCGUGACACUGUUGAUAUCUUGGUUGGUUGGCAUAUUGAUCACACACAGAGUAUGUCGCUAACACUGUUUGCAUCAGAAUCACUGAUCAAACUUCAUGUACACUGGUUGACUGAUUUGCAAUUCUCACUAACAUUGUUGAGUCAGUUCCUUGAAGAUAUGGAAGCAUAUGCUGAGGAUUUCCACAAACUACAGAAUGGUGAUGUCACUGAUGAUGGGACAAUAAACGAUGAGUCAUGUUUGCCUAAGAUGGCGGCGCUGAUGCGGGUGUUUUCGACCGUACUACGUAGCAUUGGGCCUGUGUUCCAUGCUAGUAAUGGACCUCCUAUAACUGAAGCAUUUAUAUUGGAGACACUCCAGCGAGUUAUUGUUUGCACACAACUAACCGGGGAUGCCUCGCUUGCAGUCACACGAGCUGCCGACGAAUGUGCCAGGUUGCUCCUUGGCGCCGUGCAGUGGCGGGGUGAGGACAUGUUGUCGGAGUCGUUGCUCACGUACGCCGUGCACGCUGUCGAGCGCUCAAGGUCCGAACCGAGGUUGCUACUUGUACUUGACUUCAUCACAGUGAUGGUGCAGGAAGUAGGAUCAGCAUUACCUGCAUGGUUUAUACAAGGGUUGCUUGGUCCAAGUUCAAGGUUGCUUCCAUUGAAACAUUCACGUAACCCACUGCUCACCAGUGAGCUGCUUGCGUUGUACCAAGCGUGUUUGGCUGUUAAGAGCGUGCCUCUACUACAAACUGCUUAUAAACAUGUAACUGGUGAGUUGCAACACGCCAUCAAUGGAUUGCUUGAAAUACAUGGGGAGGAUGUUAAGCUGGAUGUAGUUGCCGAUAAUCCAUUCAAUAAAUCUGAGGAUUCUGGUACAGAUCCUCACGACAACCACGAUGACAUCAUAAUGGUGGAUGGCAACCAUGAAGAAAGGUUGUUGAAGACAGCGAUGUUCGAUGUGGUGGCGUUGCUUGAAGUUGCUGAUGCGAGAAACUCACUUAUUGGGAUGUACGCACUAUCACCAAGUAUAUUUGAAUUCUUACACUCCGGUCUUGAUCUCGUCCAUAAACAUCUGUCCAUGCUUCAUCCCGCGUUACAAUAUUCAAUACUACAUGUCAUGUACUCACAUUGCCAAAGACACAAGAAUUUUGUGAGUAGCUUCUUAGGGGGAUCCCCAGCCCCCACCAAUGACCCUGGGGCUGGGGGAAGCACCAGUUUCAUCGAUAAUGUUAACACAGCCACCCACCUCCACUUCCCAAGUAUAUUGGAUACAGUGAGGAAGUUGAUGUUGGAGAAGUCGACUUCACCUGAUGCAAGGACACUGUUGUUACAUUGGACCGAAGAUAUCUUGGAAAGAUUGAAAACAAACAAGGAUCCCGUGAUAUUCAACUUAAAGCAGUUCAUUGACCUUAUGCAGGCUGUGGCUGUUGUUGCGAUGCAAAACAACAUCCCUCAAUCAAUCCUUGCAUCCAAGUGUCUUCGAUCAGCAAUCCAAUCUUCCACAUCACCUAUCAUAUAUGACAUCACAAUACAAUGUUGUUUCAUACUUAUUUGGUCAUCAAACACAUUAUUACGCAACAAUUACUCGGAUUUAUUGCUGUGCGUACCGGUGGAUCGGGUUUUACAAUACUGUGACGCAUCUUUGACAAACCAAUCAAAAUCAAGCGUUCGUCAGUUGUCACAAUAUGGCCACCGGGAGGCGUGGUUGGUGAAACGAUCGACUUCAAACAAAUCUGGCAACACUGGUACAUUUCAUGCGCAUCACUUUAAGGAUAUUAUGGAAAGGAUGCUGAAACCAUUAACUGCAAGAAACACAAUAUCUGAUGACUGGCUUGAACAAUUAUACUGGAGCAGUCAGCGUAGAGAAACCAGUCAACCGGAACCACCAGUGCUACGUAGUAGACCUCUAUGUAUAUUAACGUCAUUAUCAUCACAUGACAUGUCAUAUAUACACUGGGUUGGAUUAUGGAGAGCAGCCGAAUACAUGGUAGUAAACAAACUACGUACUCCACUUGGACGACCUCCUGAGACUUUUCAGAGGGUUGAAGGUGCCAUUCGUGACUUUGAACACAAAUUGUUCAACUCUGGUCCACCAAAUAUUCCAAAAUCUACGAAAUCGAAACUCCCCCCGGGCUCCCCACGUAACAACACCCACCUAUCUACAUGGCCAGCGUUACAACGACCGUAUCUUCUGCUACAGUUCCUUGACCAUCUUGAAAGGUUAUUGUACAAUGCCUAUGAAGGAUGUGCUAUUGCUAUACAACCACCAAAUAAGGCAGUCCGUACAUUCUUCUACACGAACCGACAAACAUGUGAACAAUGGAUGAACAGGUUACGACUUGCAGUGAUGCGCAUCUCAUUAGCAAGUGGUUUGGAAACACUGGCCUUCCAGCAUGGCCAAGCUAUACUGCAUGAUAUGAAGACAAAGAAUAACACAACUGGUGUUGAGUUUGAAUCAGCUGUAGCCAUGACAACCGAAGCGUUAGUUAGACUUGGUUCACCACAAAACUUGGAUGGAUUACAUCGUUGGUGCCGAGGUUUGAACGGUCCUAAACAACAAUGGGGGUGGAUUAAAGUAGCCAAGUAUGAUGCUGCUAGAAAUUACGAAGACGCAGUGAAGGAAUACAAAUCCAUCUUCAAUGUUCGGAGGAAUUCUGAAUGUUCGGGUGAUGCAGCUCCACCCGGUGAUGGAAGAAAAACAAUAUCUCCGUCGCGUGCCUUUGUUACGAAACAGAUAAUCCGAUGUUACAGCCAACUCAGUUGUUGGGAGGAAUUAGAAAACUUCAAGAAACAAAUUUCAACAGAAAAUUCAACAAACAAGAAAAUCUUUUCCACAAACAUUGAACAGAUCAGGUUUUUAUCAAGUUAUUGUUAUUUGUGUUGGUUGUUAUGCUCUGUUUAUUUAAAAACUAUCUAAUUGUUAUUAUUAUUA